AUUUCUUGGUUUUGAUAUUAGACUAACCCUGCUUCCAUUUCUUGGUUGCUUUACUAUUUAUGCUUCCAUGUCAGGUAAAUAAUUUGAUUUUCUAUGGAAUAUGUGGUCCUGACGGCUAGAAAAAGAGAAGAGAACAAGACAUUGCAGUUCCAGUGUAAGGGCAAAGUUGCUUCUGUUCUUGGUUUAGGCCUACAUAUCUCUCUGUCUCCACAAUCACAUUCAAAGCUUGUGUCAUUUAAGAGUACUACAUAAGAUUAUAUGCAUUUUGAAGGAUUUGAAGAUGAGAUUGUUGAAAGUAGCAACCUGUAACUUGAACCAGUGGGCAAUGGAUUUUGAUUACAAUUUAAAGAACAUUAAAGAAUCCAUAGUUAAGGCUAAACAAGCUGGUGCAGUAGUUAGACUUGGCCCUGAGCUUGAAGUCACUGGCUAUGGCUGCGAAGAUCAUUUCUUGGAACUUGAUACUGUCACUCAUGCAUGGGAGAGCUUGAAAGAAAUUCUCGUUGGGGAUUGGACAGAUGGAAUAUUAUGCAGCAUAGGAAUGCCAAUUAUAAAGGGAUCAGAACGUUACAAUUGCCAAGUUUUAUGUAUGAACAGAAAGAUUAUAAUGAUACGCCCAAAAAUGAGGCUUGCAAAUGGUGACAGUUUCAUGGAGUUUAGAUAUUUCAAGCCAUGGCCACAAAAAGAUCAACUAUUAGAUUUUCAGCUCCCAAGUGAAAUUUCAGAGGCUACAGCACAGAAAUCAGCACCUUUUGGUUAUGGAUACAUUCAAUUUCUAGACGCAGCUGUUGCUGCCGAAGUUUGCAAAGAGCUUUUCUCCCGUUUCCCUCCUCAUGAUGAUCUUGGACAAAAUGGAGUUGAAGUUUUCUUGAAUGCAAGUGGAAGUCCUCAUCAACUAAGAAAGGCAAUUGGUUUCCGUCUUCGCGCUUUGAUAGGUGUUACUCGUAGCCUUGGAGGAGUUUACAUGUACAGCAAUCAUCGAGGAUGUGAUGGUGGUCGCCUGUAUUAUGAUGGAUGUUCUUGUGUUGUUGUAAAUGGAGAAGUGGUGGCUUUAGGCUCACAAUUUUCUCUCAAGGAUGUUGAGGUUGUGCUUGCCCAAGUAGAUUUGGAUGCGGUUGCUGCUAAAAGAGGAUCUUCAAGCAGUUUUCUAGAGGAACCAAGUGGUAAAACCAGAAUACCUUCGCUUGCAGUACCAUACAAGCUAUGUCAAACUUUUAACCUGAAAAUGCCCAUUUCGAAUCCUAUUAAGAUGACUCCUUGCUCUCCUGAGGAGGAAAUAGCUUCGGGCCCUGCUUGCUGGCUAUGGGACUACUUAAGGAGAAGUGAAGCUUCUGGGUUUUUGCUUCCACUUUCUGGUGCUGUAAAUAGUUCUGCUGUGGCUGCUAUAGUUGGCUCAAUGUGUCAGCUUGUUGUGAAAGAGAUUGCAAAUGGAGACGAGCAAGUCAAAGCUGAUGCAAUAAGAAUUGGAUGUUAUACUGAUGAGCAAUUUCCUACAGACAGCAAAGAAUUCGCAAAGCGCAUAUUUUACACUGUAUUUAUGGAGUCUGAGAACAGUUCAGAAGCCAUGAAACAACAAGCAAAGGCUAUGGCAGAUGAUAUUGGCUCGAGACAUCUUGAUGUUUCAGUAGACAGUGUUGUUUCUGCACUUCUAUCAGUCUUUCAAACAGUUACUGGCAAGAAACCGAGGAAUAAGGUAGAUGGAGGUUCUGAUGCUGAGAAUCGAGGGUUGAAGAACAUUCAAGCUCGAACAAGAAUGACACUAGCAUCAACUUUAGCCUCACUCUUGCCUUGGGUGCAUAACAAGUCAGGGUUUUUUCUCGUUCUGAGUAGCUCUAGUGUAGAUGAACAAUUGAGUGGCCAGCUGACAAAGUAUGGUUGUAGCUCUGGAGAUAUAAAUCCAAUUGGUAGCUUUAACAAGAAGGACAUUCAGGCUUUUCUCCGAUGGGCUGCCACCAACCUUGGUUACUCCUCCUUGGCAAAAGUUGAAGCAGCUAGCCAAAAUCUCGAUGCGAAGGAAAUUGUCAUGACAUCUGAAGAACUCUCAGUUCUCGGAAAAUGGCGAAAAACUUUCCGAUGUGGACCAGUGUCAAUGUUUCAGAAUCUUUGCCACAAAUGGGGUUCAACUUCAGGAUUAAAUCCAUCAGAAGUAGCUGAUAAAGUGAAAAACUUCUUCAACUAUUAUUCCAUUAAUCGACACAAAAUGACUGUUCUGACACCUUCGUAUCAAGCUGAGAGUUACGCACCUGACGAUAACAGAAGCGAUCUUCGCCAGUUUCUGUACAAUACAAGAUGGUUCCGUCAAUUUCAAAAGAUUGAUGAACUUGCUUCGGAGUUGGAUAGUAAUAAAAUUGAUAACGAUAUUAUUAUUAUUACAGAACCAAGUGACAGGGAAAUUCCGGUAGCUUCAGGCUAAUAAAGCAAAUUCUAAAACCGGCCUUUAUUAUAAAAAAUAAAUAUAAGUCUUUAUCUUAAUUUAUAUUUUGAAUUACAAAAAACAAAUGUUAACAUUAUCCUGUACUCCUGAUUAUUUAGUAUUAAAAUUAUAAUAAUUGUUGGUGAUUAACGAUCAA